AGGUUAAAGUACAUACAUACACCCCAGAACAAGAACCUCACAAUUGGUGGAGAAGUUGGGCAACUUUUGCCUUUUUUUUUUGUCAUAAUAUAUAUACAUAAGAUAUAUAUAUACAUAAACAUAUAAAAAUAUAAACGAAUUUACGUCUCGUUUACGUAAAUAAAUUUUUUUUCUCUUUCUUUCCUUAUUUACAUAUAUAUCGAUAAGAAGAUACACAGAAAGAUAAAAAUAUAAACGAAUUUAUCUAUCGUUUACAUAUAUUAAACUAUUUUUUUUCUUUCCUUCCUUAUUUCCGUAUAUGUAUCGAUAAGAAUAUAGACAGAAAUAUAAAUACAUAAACGAAUUUAUCUUUCGUUUACAUUUAUUAAAAUAUUUUUUUUCUUGCUUUCCUUAUUUACGUAUAUACCGAUAAGAAUAUAUACAUAAACUUCUAUGAACAUAAACGAAUUUAAAUAUCGUUUAUAUAGAUAAAUUUUUUUCUUUCCUUGUUUAAUUAUACAUCGAUAAACUUUAACUAUCUAUAUAUAUAUAAAUAUAUACCUAAAUCAUUUUCAUCCGAAAAGUUUAACUACAAGAAAAUUAAAAAGAAAUAAAACAUACACAUAUAUAUAAAUAUAUACACAUACUCAUAUUCACAUAUCAUGUCGGGAUUAGAAGACAAAUUGAAAAUUGUUACAUCAGUAUUAAAUGAAUCACUAGAGAUACCAUCGAUAGAUGAUAAUGCUAUUCAUUCUUCUACAAGAAUUAUAGAAGAAAGCGUGGAAAAAGUUAUUAUUAGCCGAGGUAGAUACGCCUUGAAACCUGAAAUAUAUCAACAAACUAAUACACAACUUUUGGUAACUAAUAAUACCGAUACCGAGAUCAGCAAUCUAGGACAACACAUAAUCAUUGAGAAUACAGAUCACAUACAACAAUACAUUGAUACGAAUCAAUCAAAUAAAAUUGAAUUGGAAACACAUCCACAGAGCAUGGAUGAAGUAAAUGAUAAAGACAAAAUCAUACAAAAUGAUGAUAAUGUAAUUGAUGAGAGCUUUGAUGUUUUCAUCUUAAAAAACUUUAGUCAGUUUUCUGGUAACAGUGAUGUUGUACUAUGGUUAGAUGAAACAGAAGAAAAGUUUAAUCAGUUUUGUAUAGCAAGAAAUCUUCGAUAUUCAUCAAUUUCGUUAUUAGUUAAAGGAGAGGCUAAACAAAUAUAUAUACAACAUCGCAAAAACAUCCACACUUUCGAUGAUUUCUACGAAAUAUUGCUAUCGUCUUUUAAAUCUAAAUCUAAUCAUCUCAGUACAUUGCGCUUAGGCCAAGAUGAUACUCUCUUAAAUAAAACAAAAUGUGAUGUAUGUCAUACAAAGUUAGCUAAUGAAUCAAACACAAAUUUUUCGAACAACAGUCAUCAAUUAAGCUCAGCGCAUCACUCACUCAUUCAAAAUUCUGAAUCUAACCUUGGUGCCACCAAGUUAGUUGGUGAGUUACCAGUCACAACGAUAAAUACGUUCUCGCUUAAUUCAUCAUUAGCUCAAACAGAUCCCAUUCUCAAUGAUCUUCGUAAAGCUAUUGUUGAGAAUCUCAUUAAAAAUCCCAAAACCUUUAAGGGAGAAAAGGAUGAUGUUAACAAAUGGUUGGAAGACAUUGAGCACCUGUUAGAGAUUGCACACAUUCCUCACCUAACUCGACUCGAUCUCAUAUCGUAUUCAUUACGAGGAGAUGCACUAGAGUGGUUUAAAACUAACCGUUCUUCAUUUACUUCAUGGAACCUCUUUGUCACAUCCUUAAAAAAGGCUUUCACCUCCAAUUUUCACGAAGAAAUUGCUUUUAAAAAGUUAGAGACAUAUUCUCAAGGUCAGAAUCAAUCAAUUCGUACCUUUUUCAAUGAUGUCUUAAAGUUAUGUAAGGAAGCUGAUCCAACAAUGAGCGAAACAACUAAAUUAAAAACUCUGUUGAAUAAAGCUAAAGCUAACAUACAGUACGAAGUUCGUAAGAAAAGACCUACUACGACACUCGAAUUCUUAGAAUACGCAAAGGAGGUGGAGGAGUUCAUGCAGCUUUCCAGUAUAUCGCUCAAUGAUUCUAAUAAUUAUUUAGAUGAUCCCCGAGUUCAAACUCCAAUGACAUCUUCAUUAUCCUAUACACCGUCUCCAACAUAUAAUCAGUCAUUUUCUAAUUCAUCAAAUAACUAUUCACCACAGUAUUCUCGAAAUUAUGACAGAAAUUCACGUUUUCAAAAUAAUCAAAAUCGAUAUUCUCCUCCACGGAAUUCUUAUGUUCCACCCAUGUCAUCAUCACAACCUCAAUCACGAUUGAAUAUUAAUUCACAACCGCCUCCACAAAGAUAUGUGAAUAAUUCUAAUCAGACUAAUAAUCGUCAAAACGUUACCUCAUCAAACACGAAUCGUGUGACUAAUACUCCUUCUCGACAACCAACAGCAAAUACUAUUGAUGUAUCACACUCAUCCGAGGGUACAGCUCAGGAACAAGAGAUAUUUUCAUCUGUUCUAUGUAGUCAAUGUAAUCAACA